GGCGCCCCUGGAGGUCCGCAGCGGUACUGCUCAGCCAUCAGGACUCCGGCUGCGUUGAGUCAGUCCGCCGUAGCUGCGCCGACUGGAGGGAUGUGACCCCGGAACAGGACGCCCUCCUACAACAACACACCAUUCAAACAGAGCACAGAAGAAAGAAAAGCUGGACCAGGAGGGGUAAGCUUCGUCUGUGUUGCCUUUCCUGUCGAGCUUCCCCGCGUCAGGGGCUUUUUCUGAGCGAGCCACAGGAGCAGGGGGGAUGAACCGCGAGGAGGCCCCGGGGAAGUCUCCUGAAGACAUGUACAUCCAACAGAAAGUGCGGGUCCUGCUCAUGCUUAAGAAAAUGGGAUCAAAUCUCACGCCAAGUGAAGAGGCUUUUCUCCGAAAUUACGCAGGUGUGGUCCACAGUCAGAUGAGCCAGCUACCACAGCACAACAUAGACCAGGGUGCUGAGGAUGUGGUAAUGGCGUUCUCGCGGUCAGAGACGGAAGAUCGGCGACAGUGACCCUGGGCCUCAUCCUGCCCCGCUGCAUCCCGUCCCAGACCCGUCCCGCCCCGCACACGACCCACAACAACCCAAACUCUGCAAGCAAGACGCUGAUGAGCUCAGGGGAGGAGGGGCACAGGGGGAAGGGACAGAAGAAGAGGGGAAGAGAGGCCGGGAGGUGGCGGCUGCCUUGCUUCCCCCCCACUUCUUUUCCAUCCCGUAUCCUCCUCACACAGGCUGGCACAGCGUUACCUGAGAUGCACUCAAGUGGGUCCCUGUGGGCUGAAGCCUUGAGAGUCAGUGAAAACACUCACAGAUUGUGUGGAUGAAUAUCAGUUGUAGUUUAGUUUUUUUCUUGUGAUGGGGGGGUUGUUUUGUUUUGUAUUAUCUUGUUUAUGUUGAGAUGUUGGGCAGUGUUACGUGUUUUUCCUGCUCUGGUCACCGGAGGAACUGACCAGUCAGCAGCAGAUUGGAGCAAAGAGAAAUAUAGUUGUGGUCAAGUAGAGCAGCGGGUGUGAGGAGUGGUCAUGUUAGGGGAGAGAUUUUAAUUAUUUCUGCUUACCCCAAAGGGGCCGGAAUUGUUUUUGAUUUUAGCUGUUGUGUUAUAAAGGCUUUUGUAUUUUGUCACACCUGAGGCCUCAUUUAUAAACAUGUGCUCAUUAAAAAGAGUGAGGAUGCAUUCGCUAUUUAGCACGCAGAGGUUUAGAGAUACAGGUGUCCGCUCCUCUGCUGGAACCUGCAUGCAGAAGGCCUGAAUUAAGAAACAUUUAAUAUGUAUUUUAUAACUCACUAAAAUGUUUUUGUAAGCAGAUAUUAGAUUUGUUAGUGGAUUUGUCACAAUUCUAACUCCUCAUUAGCGGAGGCUGCUUUAUAAACAGAUAAUGAAUGAGAAUAUAGUAAAACACAGUUGAAAUAAUAUAAAAUAUGUCCUCAUAGGAGAAGUUAUGAUUGUGACCAAAACUCUGGAUAAUAAUCAAAAUAAUCUUUUUAUCUGCUUACACAGACAUUAUGGUGUUUUCUCUAAAUAAUUGAGUAAAUGUUUCAAUUCAUACCCAUAAAUCUGUGACUGGGAAAGUAAAGUGUUACCAUAAAAUCUAAUGCAUCAAUAACUCUUCUCAGACAAUUGUUUUCACGUAAUGUUAAAUUACAGCCUGUUUUUCAAGUGUGAAGCGACGGGUAAUCACUUUAUUUCACAAUCAGUGAGUGGAGCUGCGGUGAAAUCAUUUUUACUUUACCAACUGAUAUUUUCAAUUCCUAAUCAUUUGGUUUUCUGGUCCCACAGUGCUUAUAUCAAAAACAAGCAGCAUUUUAGACUCUUGAUAUAUGUGUGGAGCGUACGCAGGUUCAUAAAUGAGGCCCCGCUCGUUCUUCUGCUGCUUAUAUUUUUGAACCAGAGGCUCUCGAGGGUGCAGCAACACUUUUCUCUAAAGGAGAGCGUCAAGAUUUAAAGACACUAGCAGACAUAAUCAUGCGAAACACAUGUACACAUUCUCCCCAAACAAACACUGGUUUUGUUUCGGGUUAUUGUGACAUGUUAAACCUUUUUUUUUUAUUGUACAGAUAGUUGGGAAAAUACAAUAAUGAUUUGAUUGUGCCAAUUGUAUUUUUGUUGUUUUUUAUCUGCAAGAUAAAAAUUAACAUAUUGAUUAAGAAAACUGAUAAAGAGACAGUGUCGUAGUUGUAAUUUAUUGUUUGCUGAAUUGAUUCCCUGUUUCACGGACGCGUCAUUAAAGAUGGAGAACCAGUAGAUAGUUAAAGCCUAACACAAGUCGCUCUUUGAAUAUCAUCAGCAGUGGUUCUUUGUUCACACUAAAAUCAUACAAACUCUAAUUUUUAAACUACCUGUAACUAAACACGUGAUGCCAAACAUAAGAACUGUGUGCUAUCUCUGACUGUACUGUAUCUCUUGCACUAUUAUCAAUGAGAUAUUUGCAAAAAAUACAUUUUGAUAUUUAGCACAGAGAUUCUAUGUUUGGUUCAACAGAUAAAAGAAAAGUUUGUAAACCAUGUUUUUAUUCAUUUGGUGAUUAUAAAAAAAUCUCAACUGGAAAAUAACUCAAAUGAAUAUUUGUUAACAGCCAACAUGUUUUUCUAGUGACAUGCUAAAUAUUUAAUGUGUUUAAGUACAGUUUGUUAACUUGUAUAACUUAAAAUAAUCGUAACGUUUUAAAGCCAAGCAUGUCUGCCUCCUGGUUUCUAAUGUUCAUUCAAGCAGAGCCAAGGAUCUUUGAAGCCUGGUGCCGAUGACCAUUGUUUGUACAUUCUUGGCGUUUGUGGAAGCAACUAGCUCUUUUAAAAAAAUGUUUCAGAAAAAAAUGAUAAUUUUUUUUGUAAAUGUUAUCCGUUACAUCGUGUCAGCAAUAACUUCUAUUUGAAUGUCCUCAACAAUCAUCGCAAUGUAAACGGCCAACAGAUCCGUCACGCUGUCCGCCUAUGACAAAGAAAUUUGUCCUUUGAUGUUUACUUUUAUUUUGAAGCAUUCUUUAUUUGUCUAUGCAUUGAUUGUUUUUCUCUAAAAUGUGUCUUACUGUACAUUUUACCUAUCAGGGUUGUUCUGCAGCCUUCAUUCAAGCGUGUGUGUGUGUGUGUGUGUGUGUGUGUGUGUGUGUGUGUGUGUGCGUGCGUGCGUGUGCGUGCAUGUGUGUGUGUGUGUGUGUGUGAGAUUGACAUUGAACCUGCUACCAGUUUUGAUUUUCAGCAUGCUGUUGUCGAUGUAUCUUUUUACUGUGAUGACCUGAUGUUGCCUAAUUGUCCUUUUUUAUUUUUUUUUCUUGCCUUUGUAUUUUAUUUUUCGCUCAGUCGACUUCGAUUAGUUGUUCUUUUUUGUAUGGCUGCUGACCAUGUCUUGACUUAAUGCUUCCAAAUCCUAUACCAACUGAACCAUUAAAGAAAUUUUAAACAGUGAAAA